AUGGCAACUAUUGUUGCUGAAGCAUUCCUAUCAGCUUUUGUAGAGGUGUUGCUUGAAAAGAUGAUUUCUCAUGAGUUCAUGAACUUCUUUAGAUGCAAAAAACUUGAUGUUUCACUCUUGGAAAAGCUAAAAACAACACUGUUGAGUCUUCAAUCAAUACUAAAUGAUGCUGAGGAGAAACAGAUCAGAAAUCAUGCUGUCAAACAAUGGUUGGAAAACUUGAGAGAUGUUAUCUUUCAAGCUGAUGAUUUGUUUGAUAAAAUCAACACAGAAGCAUUAAGAUGCAAAGUGAAAGAUGAAUAUCAAGGCAUGGGAGGGAUUGGUAAAACAACCCUUGCAAAAUUACUUUACAAUGAUUCAGAAGUGAAAGAGAAUUUUGAUUUGAAAGGGUGGGCAUAUAUCUCAAAAGAUUUUGAUAUUGUCCAAGUCACGAAAACCCUUGUCGAAUCAUUUACUUCAGAAACAAUUGAUACAAACAACCAUAAUACACCCCAUGCUGAAUUUUCCCCCUCAAAAAGAACUGAUACAAAUGAUUUGAAUACUCUACAAGUGCGAUUGCAGCGAAUUAUAAGGCAUAAGAAAUUUUUACUUGUAUUGGAUGACAUAUGGGAUCGACACUAUAUUGAUUGGAACAAUCUAAAGGACAUCUUUAAUGCCGGGAAAAUAGGAAGUAAACUCAUCGUCACAACACGAGAUGAGAGAGUUGCACUAGCCGUGCAAACCUUUCUUCCAAUCCACUAUUUGACACCUAUAGGAAGUGACGAGUGUUGGUCUUUACUUGCCAAACAUGCAUUUGGAGCAUGUAAUUUCCGACAACGGUCCAACCUAGAAUUGAUUGGCAAAGAAAUCUCUACGAAAUGUGAUGGAUUACCAUUAGCUGCAGUAGCACUUGGGGGUCUUCUUCGCACUAAAUCAUCAGAGGAUGACUGGAAUAAUGUUUUGAAAAGUAAUGUUUGGAAUUUGGAAAAUGUUGAGGUGCAACCAGCUCUGUUAUUGAGCUAUCAUUAUCUUCCAGCUCCCUUAAAACGAUGUUUUGCUUAUUGUUCAAUAUUUCCAAAGAACUCCAGGUUGAAAAAAAAGACAGUGGUCGAGUUGUGGAUUGCAGAAGGCUUAGUACAUCAGUCCAGAAGUCAUAAAAGCUGGGAAAAAGUUGGAGAGGAAUACUUUGAUGAACUAGUGUCAAGGUCACUAAUACAUCGGCAACUUGUUGAUGAUGGGAAAGCAAGCUUUGAAAUGCACGACCUCAUUAAUGAUUUAGCUACAAUGGUUUCAUAUCCAUAUUGUAUGAUGUUGGACGAAGGGGAGCUACAUGAAAGAGUACGCCAUUUGUCAUUUAAUAGAGGGAAAUAUGACUCAUACAAUAAAUUUGAUAAAUUGUAUGGACUAAAAGAUUUACGUACCUUCCUGGCCUUACCGCUACAAGUAUCACCGGGAACACAGUCUUAUUGUUCCUUAUCAGACAAGGUAGUGCACGACUUUUUGCCAAGAAUGAAACAGUUACGUGUUUUAUCUCUGCCAGGCUACUGGAACAUCACUGAGUUGCCCGAAUCUAUUGGGAAUUUGAUAUACCUGCGAUACUUGAAUCUCUCUUACACUGGGAUUGAAAGCAAACAACAAGAUGGAUUGAAGAUUGCAGAGCUGGGAAAAUUUCCUGAUCUACAUGGAAAUCUUUGCAUCUCAAAUCUUCAAAAUGUUAUUGAGCCCUCUAAUGCUUUUCGAGCAAAUUUGAUGAUGAAAAAUCAAAUUGAUUGGUUGGCACUACAAUGGAAUCAACAAGUUACUACUAUUCCAAUGGAACCACAAAUUCAAAGUUUUGUACUUGAACAGUUGCGACCCUCGACAAAUUUGAAGAAUCUCGGUAUUCAUGGCUAUGGUGGAACCAACUUUCCAAAAUGGUUGGGUGAUUAUUCCUUUGGAAACAUGGUGUCUAUGAUCAUAGGUGGUUGCAAUCUUUGCUCAUGUCUUCCUCCCCUUGGAAAAUUACAAUGCCUUAAAGAACUCUUCAUUUAUUCGAUGGCAUCUAUAAGGAUUGUUGGUGCUGAAUUCAUUGGAAGUGAUUCUCCUUCAUUUCAACCAUUUCCUUCCUUAGAGAGGCUAGAAUUUAAGGAUAUGCCAGAAUGGGAGGAAUGGAACUUGAUUGGAGAUUCAUUUUCCCCGGGUGGAUUGUCCACUCCUAACCUCAGUUGUUUCCUCGUGUAUGGGUGUGACAAGCUUCAUUCAUUACCAGAACCAAUCAACACCCUUGCUGGCCUUCAAGAAUUGAGAGUUCUUAACCUUCCAAAUCUGCAACAUUUUGCCUCAGAGGGAUUACCUGUCAAUUUAAGGAAACUUUCUGUUGCGGGAAUUGUAUGGAAUACAAGGUGGAAUUUGGAAAAUAUCAAUAAUCUUUAUGUGUUGGAAAUUGGAGGUUGUGACAUUGUUGAUGAGAAUGGAAGGGUCAUUGCUACCUUCUUCUCUCAUGUCCUUACACAUCUAUCAACUUGA